GCAGAUAUAUCAACUAGUACAUUAAAAUUAAGCUUAACUAACUUGAUUUUAACCAUUUUCAGCAUCAAAGACCAUCUUAGACCAUCCAAAACUUGAUCUUGAACUGAUUUUUUUUCCUCAUGUUCAAAUACAGUAUAAUAUUACUACUGUAUAUUAUAUUUACCAUAUUUGGCAUUGGAACUGCUUAUUACAUUAUCCUUAGAUUUCCGAAUGAGUUCCUGUAUGAAUACGGAAGCACAGCUCAGUUAAUUAACCCCAUUGUCAUGGGACUUGUAAAAACCUGGUUUAACUGGUCGGAUGUUUCUUUUUAAAGAUGUAAUGUAGUAAUUAUAUUUCAUUAAGGGCUGGUUCGUCACAUUUCUGUGCAGUUGCAUAUUCUCCACAAGUCAGUUAAGGAAGCAGAGGAAGUCUUUAUCUGUAAUCUGAUCUGAAUCUGCUGGUUCUGGAGAAGGCUCCUGGCAUUCACCAUAUCGGGAAGAAUGCUUCUCGAGAACCGCUUUAUGCAAACUGAUGGAAAGCCAUGCCCCCUUCAGUACCUUUACUUUAAAAACCUGCCCUGAGCUUCAGAGAGGAAAAGAGAGGAUUAGCGCUGUGUAAGGAGAAGACUGAACUUCAGCAAUGGCCUUGUGUACUUCUCUCUUCGAGGAGAAUCUGUGCUGUCCUGUGUGUCGGGAUGUGUUCAGGGAUCCGGUGCUGCUCCUGUGUUCACACAGCUUCUGCAGAGCCUGUCUGGAGCAGUAUUGGACACACACUGAACGACAGAUCUGUCCACUCUGUAGAACCAGCUGCUCCAUGGAAAAUCCUCUAUGUAAUCUGGCCCUGAAGAACCUGUGCGAGGCCAUCAUGCUGGAGAGAUGCAAGGGGGCUUCAGGAGGCUCUGCUGAAGUACUCUGUGGACAGCACAAGAAGAAACUCCUGCACUUCUGCCUGGACGACAAACAGCCAGUGUGUGAGGAGUGUCUGACGUCUGACUCGCACACCAACUGCUGCCUAAAACUACUGGAUGAAGCAGCAGUUGAUCUAAAGUUGGACCUGGAAAGAAAACUGCAGCCGCUGAAGGAGAAACUGGAUCAAUUUAGAAAUAUCAAACGCACCUGUGUCCAAACAGAGCAGCAUAUUAAGAGACAGACCCAACAAACCGAGGCUCUGAUUACGAAGGAGUUUGAGAAGCUUCACCAGUUCCUUUGGGAGGAAGAGGCAGUCACAAGGGCAGCACUGAGGGAGGAAGAGGAGCAGAAGAGUCAAGCAGUGAAGAAGAACAUUAGACAAAUUAACAGAGACAUUUUAACCCUUUCAGACAAGGUCACAGGCCUGGAGGAAGGAAUACAAGCCAGCCAUAUCUCAUUUUUGCAGAACUACAAAGCCACUGUGAAAAUAACCGAGUGUAAUGUGAAGGAUCCACCGAUUCUCUGUGGAGCGCUGAUCGAUGUAGCAAAGCAUCUGGGCAACCUGAAGUUCAGAGUGUGGAAGAAGAUGCAGAGCAUCAUUCAAUAUACUCCUGUCAUCCUCAACCCCAACACCGCUCACCCCUGUCUACAAUUAUCUGACGAUCUGACUGCAAUGACUCUGUGUAAUCGUGACACAGAGCUUCCAGUUAAUCUGGAGAGAUUUGAUGACUACGUUAGUGUGCUGGGCUCCGAGGCCUUCGACUCAGGAACACACUGCUGGGAUGUGGAGGUUGGAGAGAGCUCAGUCUGGGCUGUGGGAGUGAUCUCAGAGUCUGCGUUUAAGAACAGAGAGAACCUGUCCGAGCACGGGCUGUGGCAUGUGGGUUACUAUAAGGGUGAGUACGGAAAGGGCCUGUCAGAGAUGCUCACGCCUUUCAGACUGAAGCAGAAGCUGCGGAAGAUCAGGGUGCAGCUGGACUGGGACAGAGGACACGUGUCGUUCUUUGAUCCUGAUGAUAACACGCAUGUGCACACCUUUACACACACUUUCACUGAGCCAGUCUAUCCAUACCUGUAUAAUGCCUGUCCUGCUGAAGCGCUGAGAAUAUUACCAGUGCACACCUCCGUUACUGAGCAAUAGUGUGGGAUGGCUGUUGGGGUAACAUUUUAUUUUAAGGAACACAAAUUAGGUGCUUAUUAAUUUCUUAUUAUUUACUUAAUAAAUCCUUAAUAAGACAUUUGUAAAUGAUUUAUUCACUUCUUAUUAGGCAAUUACAGGGUCUAAUACAUAGUCUUUGAUUGAUUAAAUAUUUAUUCAGUUAUUGUUAGUGUUAGUCUAUUUAGUGAUGAACAGAACCUCACUUUAGAAUAUGGUUCACAUCUUGGUCUAUUAGUGACUUAAUAACCACUUAAUAACUCAAUAAACUCCAGCACAGCCAGAACCUUACCAUAGAAACUCACAUAGAUCAAACUGCUGCCAAUUAUACACUAAUAACAUGUAGAAUUAGCUAAUAGUUAAUGCUUAAUAAUCUGCUUAACAGGGUGCUAACAUAACUGUAUAUUGUGCACUAUAAGAACUAAUACAGCCAUUAUUAAUCAUUCCCACAUAACAUACCCCUAAUUAAGCACCACUAACACUUGCACAGAAUAAAGCCUAACAAGUAGUGAAUAAAAAGUUUACAAAUGUCUAAUUAAGGCUUUAUUAAGCAAAUAAUAAGACAUGAAUAAGCGCCUAAUUUGUGUUCCUUAAAAUAAAGUGUUACCUCUGUUGGCUUAUCUGUAACUGUAUGUGUGUAGCACCUUUAUGAGCCAAUGGUUGAACCAUGUAUGUAGGUGUGUACCAUGUAUGCUAAUUUAUGUCAGAGUUUUGUUUAUUAUUAUUUUUUGCUAAAUUUGAUCCACAAUAAUUCAUGUCCAAUCAUUGCCCUUCUCCUAUCAUGUGAUGCUACCAGUGCUGGCAGGGUGAAAGCUAGCGUGUGUUUCCCCAUAGCUACAAGACAAGAAGUCACACAUUUCUAUUAGAACUGUUGCUAAUGCAGAACCACAAGACAGAUAAACAUGCUUGGAGGUGAACACCAAUUUACAGUUUUGUACAGUUUUGAUUAAAAAGUAUAGAUUUGGAUUUUUUUGAUGUUGUGUGCAUGUGAAUGCAUUAACCAAUUAACUCACAUUAAAUGCUAAAUCCAUGUCUACCAGCAAAUGUGGCAUUUAUCUAAAAAAAACAGAAUCAUCACAGAUUUAUGAAUUGUUUGUUGGUAUACUACAGUAUAUGCCCAUUUAUUGUUUUGUUGCAUUAAAAAGGAGUUUAUCUAAA